AUGAACAACCAAAGACAAAGAAAGAAACACACUGGAAAGACACUCGUGGAUUCAGAGAUGGUAAUUCACCAAAUUAGAAUUACUCUAAGCAGCUGCAACGUAAAAUCUUGGGAGAAAGUAUGUGCUGACUUGGUCAGAGGCUCAAAGGAAAAGAAUCUCAAAGCGAAAGGACCAGUUUGGAUGCUUAUCAAGACUCUGAGAAUCACUGUAAGAAAAGCCUCUGUUGGUGAAGGUUCUAAGAUUCAGGUUCGUUUUCAGAUGAGGAUCCACAAGCGACUCAUUGAUUUGCACAGUUGUUCUGAGAUGGGGCGCCCCCCUUCUGAGAUUGUUAAGCAGAUGACUUCCAUCAGUAUUGAGUCAGAAGUUGAGGCUGAAGUCACCAAUGUAGAUGCUUCAAUCAACCUUUUAAUAAAUUCAUUAUCAAUUAUCCACCAGUGUGCACGGAGGUUUCCAGGAGGUCUGUGCGUGUAG